AUGGAAUUCCACUGUUCCAUCUCGGCCUACCCUGUUCCCCCGAAUGAACACAAUUUAGGGGAAGGAGGGGUUUCCCCCUUCACUUCCAUGCCGUUAUUUCAAGCUGAAACAGUCAAAGAGGGGAGACACAUGAACCAGAUUCGUGCUGCAGAUGCUGUCUUUCUACCUCAGGAAGAUGAAGUUGUCCUGCAAUGCUCGGCCACCGUCCAGAAGGAACAGCUGAAAUUAUGCCUGUCUGUCGAAGGCUUUGGAAACCGGCUUUGCUUUCUGGAACCUACCUCCAACGCUCAGAAAGUCCCUCCAGAUCUGGCGAUAUGUUGCUUCAUCCUGGAACAGUCCUUGUCCGUACGAGCCCUGCAGGAGAUGCUGGCAAACACUGUAGAGUCUUCACAAGGUGGUGGACACCGGACUCUGCUCUAUGGACACGCUAUUCUCCUCCGGCAUUCCCACAGUGGCAUGUACUUAAGCUGCCUCACCACGUCCCGCUCCUUGACAGACAAACUUGCCUUUGACGUGGGCCUCCAGGAAGAUGCAACAGGGGAAGCCUGUUGGUGGACCAUCCAUCCUGCCUCCAAGCAGCGCUCAGAAGGGGAGAAGGUGCGCGUGGGGGAUGACCUCAUUCUGGUCAGCGUCUCCUCGGAGCGGUACCUGCACCUCUCUACAGCCAGCGGAGAACUCCAGGCAGAUGCUUCCUUCAUGCAGACGCUAUGGAACAUGAACCCCAUCUGCUCAUGCUGUGAAGAAGGGUAUGUGACGGGUGGGCACGUCAUGCGUCUCUUCCACGGCCACAUGGAUGAGUGCCUCACCAUCUCCACCACCGACCAGAAUGAAGAGCAGCGCAGAUUGGUGAACUACGAAGGGGGCGCUGUCUGUUCCCAGGCACGUUCCCUCUGGCGCCUGGAGCCCUUGCGCAUCAGCUGGAGUGGCAGUCACAUGAAGUGGGGCCAGCCCUUCCGUGUCCGUCACGUCACCACGGGCCGCUACUUGGCGCUGACCGAGGAGAAGGGUCUGGUUGUGGUGGAUGCUGAAAAGGCCAACACCAAAGCAACAGCUUUUUGCUUCCGUAUCUCCAAGGAAAAGCUGGAUGUGGCUCCAAAGCGAGACGUGGAGGGGAUGGGAGCCCCCGAGAUCAAGUACGGCGAGUCCAUGUGCUUCGUGCAGCAUGUUGACAGCGGCCUCUGGGUGACCUACGCGGCAGCUGACGCCAAGGCGUUACGUCUGGGGCUGCUCAAGAGAAGGGCCAUCCUGCACCAGGAAGGGCACAUGGACGACGCCCUCUCGUUGACCCGCUGCCAACACGAGCAAUCCCAAGCUUCACGGAUGAUCUACAGCACUUCCGGCCUCUACAACCAAUUCAUCAAGGGCUUGGACACGCUGAGUGGGAAGGCCAAGUCGAGCAGCCCCGUGACGCUUCCCAUCGAUGGGAUGAUUCUCAGCUUGCAAGAUCUGAUCAACUACUUCCAGCACCCCGAAGAAGAGCUGCAGCACGAGGAGAAACAGACCAAGCUCCGGUCGCUGAAAAACAGGCAGAACCUCUUCCAGGAAGAGGGUAUGAUCACGCUCGUUCUGAACUGCAUCGACCGCCUCAACGUCUACAGCACCGCCGCACACUUUGCAGAAUAUGCUGGAGAGGAGGCAGCCGAGUCGUGGAAGGAGAUCGUGAACCUGUUGUAUGAACUGCUCGCUUCACUGAUCCGUGGGAACCGUUCCAACUGCGCCCUUUUCUCCAAUAACCUGGACUGGCUGGUCAGCAAGCUGGAUCGGCUGGAGGCCUCCUCUGGUGCGUGGACGGGAUACUUGUGGGGGUAGCGUGUACUGUUGGCUAUUGCUAGAAUGUGGAUGGUCUGAAAUAACCCUAACCCUCCCCU